GCGAUGGCCAAGAUCAAGAAGCGAGGAACGUCGGGCAAUGCUAAAAACUACAUUACCCGCUCGCAGGCGGUGCGCAAACUGCAAGUCUCGUUGCCAGACUUUCGACGGCUGUGUAUUUUUAAAGGCAUCUACCCCCGCGAACCUCGAUCGAAGAAGCGCGCCUCAAAAUCGUCCACCCCAUCCACGACCUUCUACUACACCAAAGACAUCCAGUACCUGCUCCAUGAACCGCUGCUCGCCAAGUUCCGCGACCAAAAGGCGCUGGCCAAGAAGAUCAGCAGGGCACUCGGCAAGAAUGAAGUGAGCGACGCCUCGCGCAUGGAGCGCAACCUGACGCCGCGCAUGCGACUGGACCACAUCAUCAAAGAGCGUUACCCUACUUUCGUCGACGCGCUGCGGGAUCUCGACGAUGCGCUGUCCAUGCUGUUCCUGUUCGCCAACCUUCCGAGCACCUCAGAAGUCCCGCCGAAGAUCAUCGCCAAAUGCCAGAGAUUGACCAUGGAGUUCGAGCACUACCUCAUUCGCACCCACAGCUUAAGGAAGAGCUUCUUGUCCAUCAAGGGCAUAUACUACCAGGCGACCCUCCAGGGUCAGGACAUCCUCUGGCUCGUGCCCUACAGAUUCGUGCAGAAAAACUCUCCUGAUGUGGACUUCCGGAUCAUGGCGACUUUCGUAGAAUUCUACACUACGCUAUUAGGCUUCGUCAACUUCAGGCUGUACAGCAGUAUCGGGCUGGUAUACCCUCCCAAGUUUGACUUGAAGAGCGAGGAGCAAGGGGCGGAACUGGGCGCUUUCAAGCUAGAAGGUAGGGAUCAGGAUGUGAGCGAAGAAGGACAGGAAGAACUUGCGGAUGCGGAAGUCAACGAGAGAGCACAGGCCGAAGCCGACAAACUUCUUGCGCUACCGGCACAGGAGGAGCCUGGCACGUCACAGACACUGGGCAGAAGUACACAGGAUGAGGAAGAGCGAGCAGACGACGAGGACAAACCGACAGACACCGCUCUCGACCAGUUCGAAUCUGUCGAUCCCAAUGCCGACAGCCUCCUCCAGCCCUCGAUUACUGCCGACGUGGAAACUGCUGCCAAGUUGUUUGAGCCCUUCACCUUCUUCCUCUCUCGCGAAACACCCAAGCAUCCAUUGGAGUUCAUCCUCAAGUCGUUCGGCUGCAAACGAGUGGGUUGGCAGAGCUUAGAGGGCGAAGCAGGAUCGUAUUGCAACGAGGACGACACACGAAUCACACACCAAAUCGUCGAUCGACCCGAUAUCCCACUGCCCUCACCGCCGCAGACGGACGACGAGGAGCUUCUGGACGACGGUGUUGACGAUUCUGCAGCGAUCAGAAAGGCAAAUGAGCGAGUACCUGGACGGACAUAUGUGCAGCCGCAGUGGGUGUGGGACUCUGUAAAUGCCGGACAACUGCAACGACCCGACCUGUACGCGCCCGGUGCGACACUGCCGCCACAUCUCAGUCCGUGGGUGAAGCCCAGGCAGGGAGACUAUGACCCAACCAAGCCACUUGCAGAGCAAGAAACAGAGGCAGAGGCUGCUGCUGCCGAAGAUGAUUCGGACGAAGACGAGGACGAGGACGAUGUGGAUGAGGGCAGUGACGGCGAGGAAGUAGAAGGUGUUCGCGGUGAUGCAGAGGCAAUGGAACUCAAAGUCGACCUAGACGGCCGAGCAGUCGCGCAAGGCGAAGGCAUGGACGUCGAGCUAGGCGAUGAUGACGAAGACUCGAGCUCAGCCGAAGAUGGAGCCCCGGCUGAUGGUGACUUUGGCGGGUUCUCCGACAAUGAUUCAGAGAUUGAAGAUGAUGCCACCAGAAUAGCCCGUGAGCAUCAAGCGGAACUGGAGGCCGAAGCUGCAGGCAAGAAAAUUAAAUCUGCCGACCCCAAGGACAAGAAGAAGCAGGCCAAGGCGGUUGCUCAGGCCAAGCGGACCCAAGCGGAGCGGGAGAGGGAAGAGGAUUUGGAGCGGCGGAAGGGCAUGAUGCCCCGACGUAAGAGGAAAAUGUACGAGAAGAUGGUGUAUAGCAAUGCUGUCAAGUCGGAUGAGGCGGAGAAGAUGAGGGCGAAGAGACGGAAAGUGGAAAAGGAGCUGGGAAAGAAGGCAAAGGCAUAGUAUGCUUUGGAAGGCAUAGUGCGGGUAGGUUGAUAGAGUAUAGAGCUCUCUAUUCUAUGUUUAUACCAGCGUAGAAAUGUUGAUACGGCUGUAGGUCCGUAGAUG